GAGUGAUUGCUCUUUAUCCAGAGUCUCGACAAGAACAACUCCGGAUACCACGCCAAUACAGUGUCAAUUGUUCAAUAUCGGGGUGUAGAAUGAAGCCUUCUCAGCCAUUGAUGGCGCGAUUGCGCCUGACUACAAAGCAAGUCGGUCGAGGUUACUACAAAGGUAAUCGCACGGGCUCUAUGGGUUUUUUCCUGAAGACCAGCGCAUACAUUAUCGACCCCGGUAAAUUGCGAACAUAUGUCGUUCCCGAGAACUUAGAUGACUUUAAGCUCACUCCGUUCGUUACAAAAUCAUUCCUCCCAACACGAACAAAAUACACCACUGAAGAAGUCCGAAACGGCUUGACGAUAUCCAAGGACCGCGCAUUCAACGGAGAAGAUUAUUUGGAUCUGUGGGAGAAUCUCAAUCCUCGAGAACAUGAUGACUGGUCAAGCCAUUGGAAAUCGAAACGAAACAACCUCAAGGCUAAGGCCGAGGCCGACCUACAGGAGGUGAUUAAGCGGGAUGAGCAGAACAGGCGGAAGAAGAAGCUUAAGGGAGGGCGCACUCUAGUACAACUGAAGAAGCAAGGACUAUGAUUUGUGCAAUCUUGCUCUCGGCGAGUGGUGGAAGCGAAAGAGAUCGAUCUCAGAAGUCGUCUAUAACAUAUGCGGACAUCUAUAGCCCGCCCAGCGUACUGGCGGCAGCAGGAUUGGCGUUCAAGGUAUCCGGAAUUACAUUGGAAAUCGAUUAGAGCAUGUACAUUACACAAUCAGAAGAAUAAAUCAUUGAAACAUUCGGUGGCUCGUCUC